UCCGUUCCGCUGACUGAGGGCUGAGAGAGGCGUGCUCAGGAGGACACUGUUUGGAAAACCAGCGACAUGUCGCUGCAGUUUCCUCCACAAGAAAAAAAUAAAGCAAAGGUGGACAGAAGUGUCAGGAGCUGCUUUUCCCGUGGCCAACACUCCUCCCUCCCGUGUACUACCCUCUCGCGCUGUCUGUCUGCUGACUUCUCUCAUUGACUCUCUCCUGCGUGCCUCAGUUGGCUGACUGAGUGCACUGACACCGGGACCACUACCUGCUGCCUGGGGAUUAAGCGCGCUAUGAAUACCCGGAGCCUAAUUUGUUGUUUUGGCUGCCAGUGAAUGUUGGAUACGCACGCAGGAGAAGCUGGAGCCACAGCCUUCUGGCCAGGACUCUCAGGGCGCCUCUGGACUGAGAUAUCCCAGUGAAAAAAGGGACUGGAUGCUUGGGCAAGCAUAUAAAAGAGAGGCAGCAAACACGAGAAUGAGAGACAAUGCUGGACAAGUUAUUUUUCUAAAAGGUAAAACAGCAGAAGCCAAAUCAGCCUAAUUCUUACAAGGGUCAGUGAGAGAUUUAUCCUCUCAUUAUUUGACUGGAAUUUCUCUCAUGGGCUUCUGACACAAGGAAAUAAUGCCCAGCAAAUCCCCGCCUCAAGCGCCUCGCUUCAUUCCCAACCACACAGAGGUUUUUCUCCUUUUCUCUCUAUGAGGUUUUUCAUUCAUAGCGUCGCUGGAUUUUCUGUAGCUGCUUAGGAAGCAAACAGCUGUGGACUGACAGGUUGAGCAGGCGAUCGCGAUCGCUCGCCUCUCUAACUUUUUCCCCUCCUCUCAGCCACUUCUUUUGACCUGUUUUUGGCCCCAGCUCUCCAGGUUUAAAGGUGGGGGCAGCUGCUCUCCCCCCUCCAUGCGACUCGAUUGGAAUAAAAGGGUAUUGAACCAGCGAGGAGCGGCAGUCACGCAGGACAAGCGGGGGAGAGAAAACACAGACCAUCUCCAUAUGGUUGAGUGAGAGGCAGCCAGCUGCCUUCUAACCAUCCUCCAAAUCACGCGGCGGAAGAUGCAAGGUGCUCCGGUGAUGAUGUCAGAUUUGGAUGGGUUUGGUGCGCGGCGGACCGCACCAUAACCAGGCAAACAAGCUGUCCUGUGGAUACAAAAAAAAGUUGUGGGAAGUUUGAAGAGCGGUGGGGCUGAUCAUCGCUGAUGAGAGCACUUAUGCUCCGAUAUUCCUGCAUGCAACAGCCACAUGGAAACUUAAUGAGAUCUGCAGCCAUCACCUCUUAGGGAAAUACUUGUGACGAUGUUUCCGUUGAGCGCCAGGCGUCGGCAUUCUUUGUAAAGGCGUUUGACAAGAGAAGAAGAAGAAGAGGGGAGCGCUCCUCCUUUGCUGAUUAUCAAUCAGGGUCACAGCAAAGAAAAGAUUCCUUCUGUGGAUUUAUCGUCUGUCUGCUCUGGAAGUUUUUCCCCUUUGGAUAUCUGACAAUCCAAACGCACAGAUUCCUGGUUUAGGUUGUACACCCCACAAGCGCACUAAACGCACAUAUUCAGCUACAUUAAUCACCACCCACUUAAAUUCACACACAUGUUUGCUCUGUAAGUAUAAAUCACUCGAGAACACACACAAGCAUACUUCCACAUUAGAAUCCCAUUAGUUUGUUUUUUGUUCCAGCGGGCACAGGGGAAUGGAGGUCGUGUGGACGGGUGGGGGGCUGUAGGAGUCCAACGUCCCCGUCCCUUCAGCCUGUCCUCUUCCCCAAAUGGAUGUUAUUACCUCUAAAAAUGUGCUGCUUGGAAACCGCUGAAAGCUUCCUGCUGCAAUUCUCUGACAGAAACAGUCACCGGGUCUCUGCCACGGUGCACAGCUGGAACCACAGCUGAAACAGCCUCCAUCUAUUUUUUUUGUUGUUUUUUGCGUUAAAUUUCAGUUUAUCUUCACCACCUGUCACCCCUAACCCACCGCCAUCAUUUUUUCCAACGGGUCUUUGGGCACCCCUCGCCGAGCUCCCCGUCCCGUCGUCUCCUCUACGCUGGAGGGGCGCGGGUCAUUGGAGUGGAGCAUGAGCGGGUGCCACUAUCCCUCACCGCCGCCGCAAGAGCGGGACCGCAGGUACCAGCACAAAGUGUCGCUGGUGGUGCGCUACUUCAUGAUCCCCUGCAACAUCUGUCUGAUCCUGCUGGCCACGUCGACGCUGGGCUUUGCCGUGCUCCUCUUCCUCAAUAAUUACAACCCACUUCACUUCGCACCGACUGUUGAUGGCUGCAGAGGGAUGCUGUGUGGCUUUGGUGCCAUAUGCGAGCGCAACCCAAAUGACCCGUCCAAGGGUGAGUGUGUUUGCAAGAAAGUGGACUGCCCGUCCUUUGUGGCGCCUGUGUGCGGCUCAGAUUCGUCCACCUACACCAAUGAAUGCGAGCUGGAGAAAGCCCAGUGCAACGCACAGCGACGCAUCAAGGUGCUGAGCAAGGGAGCCUGCUCUCUGAAGGAUCCCUGUACCGAGGUGGCCUGCAGCUACGGCAGCACCUGUGUCCAGUCUUCAGAUGGUUUGUCGGCAAAGUGCAUGUGCCCCCUUGGCUGCGAGGGGAAGCCCAAGCAAGUAGUGUGUGGUAGUGAUGGAAAGGACUACGUGAAUGAGUGCGAGCUCCAUCAGCAUGCCUGCAAGAACAAGAAGAACAUUCGUGUGCAGUACCAAGGACACUGCGAUCCGUGCAAAAACGUUUUGAACUGCCGCGUGGAGCCUCUCACCCGCCAGCCGCUGAAAUUUGUGCCACUCGAGUUGUGCCCCCUAAGCGAUGAGCCUCUGUGUGCCAGCGAUGGCCGGACGUACCCCAGUGAGUGCGCUAUGAGGGCGACGGGCAUCCAGAAAGGCAUCACGCUCAGAAAGAUCCAUGCAGGACAGUGCACAACGCUGGACGAAUGCAAGGACUGUCCCUUCUAUGGUGUGUGUCUGGUGGAACAGCUGAGCGCCCGCUGCUCUUGUGAUCCCAUCGAGUGUGACGGCACCUACAAGCCUCUGUGUGGCAAGGACGGUAACACAUACACCAAUGACUGUAUGCGACGCAAGGCGGAGUGCCUGAGCAAGACCCCCAUCGCCACCAAGCACCUAGGACCCUGUGAUCUCAACAUACCGAGCCCGUGCUUGCAUGUAGCGUGCAGUCACGGGGCAGAGUGUGUGGUCAAGAACAACGAAGCGGUGUGCGAGUGUUCCGAGGCCUGCCCGCAAACAUCCGACCCCGUGUGCGGAUCCGACGGCCAGACCUACGGCAGCCCCUGCGAGAUGCGAUUGAUGGGUUGUGCGCUGCAGAAGGAAAUCAGCAUCCAACACAAAGGACCCUGCGAUGAGGCCUGUGCCAACUGCUCUUUUGGGGCAAUCUGCGAUGCCCAGAGCAAGCAGUGUGUGUGUCCGUCAGAGUGUGUCAAGUCCUACCAGCCUGUGUGCGGCAGCGACGGUACCACCUACAACAGUGAGUGUGAGCUGCAUGUGCGGGCCUGCAAACAACAGAUGGACCUCCGAGUGGUCGGCCAGGGAGAGUGCAAAACAUGUGGCAACACUGUUUGUGCCAUGGGUGCCCGGUGCGUCCAGAAUAGGUGUGAGUGCCCGCCGUGCUCAGGCGAGUCCUACUCCCCGGUGUGUGGAAGUGAUGGCACCACCUACGACAAUGAGUGUGAACUUCGCAGACAUUCCUGCACGCAGAUGACGAGAAUUGACGUGGCGAGGCUUGGCAGCUGCGACGAAGACUGUGGCUCGGGCGGGUCAGGAUCGGGUCAGGAGAGCUGUGAACAGGACCGCUGUCUCGUAUUUGGAGGCACGUGGUACGAAGACGCAGAAGACGAAAGCGACCGAUGCCUUUGUGAAUACAGCUGCAUGAGUGUGCCUCACAGCCUGGUUUGUGGUUCCGAUGGGAAAAACUACAGCAACGAGUGCGAGCUGAAGAAGGCCAGAUGUGAGAAACGAGAGCACUUGUUGAUUCAAAAUCAGGGACCCUGUGCAGCCGCAUCUCUGCUGGACCCGAUGGUACCCGAGCACUGCAGCGUGUCAGUGUACGGCUGCUGCUCAGACAAUGUGACGGCCGCCUUAGGAGUUGGACAGGCUGGAUGUCCCGCUACCUGUCAGUGUAAUAUCUACGGCUCCUACAAGGGGACGUGCGAUCCAACCACCGGGCAGUGCUCCUGUAAGCCGGGUGUCGGAGGGCAGAAGUGUGACCGCUGUGAGCCGGGCUUCUGGAAUUUCCGCGGCAUCGUGACAGAGAACAUGAGCGGCUGCACUCCAUGCAACUGCGACGCUACGGGCUCAGUCCGGGAUGAUUGUGAGCAGAUGUCGGGUCUGUGCUCUUGCAAGACGGGAGUGAAGGGCAUGAAGUGCAACGUGUGUCCAGAUGGGAGCAAGAUGGGCAUGAAUGGCUGCGACAAAGGUCCUGAAGCCCCAACUUCCUGUGAAGAGUUGCAGUGUAACUAUGGAGCCACUUGCAUUAAGGUGAAUGGCCAGGCCCACUGUGAGUGCCCCUCACCUGACUGCGAUUUGAAAAACAAAACCAAGGUGUGCGGCUCAGAUGGGGUGACCUAUGCCGACCAGUGCCAGCUGAGGACCAUAGCCUGUAGGCAGGACAAGGACAUCACAGUGCAGCACUUUGGACAGUGCACAGGUCCCACAAUGGCGAGCACCACUUUACCCACACUUGAGGACAGGUCGUCCUGCGACAACACAGAGUUCGGCUGCUGCCCUGACGGCAAGACACCAUCCAGUACUCCAGAGGGCGCCAACUGCCCCUCCACCAUGAGGUUCAGCGGUUCCCUGCACCUGGACCAGGUGGAUGGCCAGGACCUGAUCUACACACCUGAGAUGGAGGACCCCAAGUCUGAGCUGUUUGGAGAGACGGCCCGCAGCAUAGAGGGCGCUCUCAAUGAGUUGUUCAGGAAGUCGGCGGUGCACAAAGACUUUAUGAGCGUUCGUGUCCGUAACCUGGCGCCCAGCAACUCCAUCCUGGCCUAUGUCGAGGCUCACUUCAAACCAGAUACAAGAUUCACCGUGGAGGACAUCGUAGGAGCCCUGCUGAAACAGUUAAAGGCCUCCAAAGACACCAGCAUCUCUGUGAAGAAGCCGGAGGAUGAGAAUAUUCGCUUCACCAAUUAUGGCCUGUCCUCCAUCUCCAUCUUCACCACCACUACCACUACCACCACAGCGUCGAUCACCACAGCUGCUCCCACCACCUCGACCAGGCCUCCUACGACUUCCCCUUACAUCACCCGUCGACCGACAGGCACCACCCGCAGGCCCUUCAGCGGCAGACAUAAAUUGGUGCCGGUUACCUCGCCUCUCACCACUACUGCCCUGCCUCCAGCCACUACCGUUGCCCACUUCACAACCAGGCCUUACCACAAGGUGCUGCAGAAGCCCUGCGACUCCCACCCCUGCCUCCACGGAGGCACAUGCGAGGAAAACGGCAGCGACUUCAACUGCAAGUGCCCCGCGGGCCGCGGAGGGACUGUGUGCGAGAAGGUGAUCAAGUACUACAUCCCGUCAUUUGGAGGCCAGUCCUACUUGGCCUUCCCAACCAUGAGCGCGUACCACACUGUCCGCAUCGCCAUGGAGUUCAGAGCGUCUGAGAUGGACGGCAUCCUGCUCUACAACGGCCAGGAUCGCAAGAAGGACUUCAUCUCUCUUGCUCUGGUCAACGGCAGGGUGGAGCUCAGGUUCAACACAGGUUCGGGCACAGGCACGGCCCUCAGCAAAGUUCAAAUCAGUCAAGGCCGCUGGCAUCAGCUGGUGGUGACUCGCAACCGCCGAAACGCCAUGCUCAGCGUGGACAGCGAGCCACACAUCGAGGGUGAGAGCCCACGGGGCACAGAUGGCCUCAACCUCGACACCAACCUGUUCAUCGGAGGAGUGCCUGAGGACAUCAAGCAAGAUGUAAAGGAGAGGACAGGGUUGGCAGUCGGUCUGGUGGGCUGCAUCCGCAUGUUAGAUGUCAACAACCGGAAUCUCAACCUGCAGGAAAACGGGGGCGAAAGUCUGUACGGCAGCGGGGUGGGUGAAUGCGGCAACAACCCCUGCCUGCCAAAUCCCUGCAAGAAUGGCGGCGCUUGCCAGGUGAAGGAGGCCGAGAUGUUCCACUGCAAGUGCAGCAAAGGAUUCUGGGGUCUAACGUGUGCCGACGUCCACGACCCGUGCAACCCCACCAGGUGCCAUCCGUCUUCCCAGUGCCAGGCACAGCCCGAGGGAGGCUACAAAUGCGAGUGCCCCAUGGGACGUGAAGGAAGACACUGCGAGAACGUGGUUGAGAGGCGAGGGGCUUACAUGCCACUGUUCAACGGAGACUCUUACCUGGAGCUGAAGGGGCUACAUCUGUACGGGCACGAUCUGCGUCAAAAGGUUAGCAUGACAGUGGUUUUCAUGACCAACGACUCCAAUGGUUUGAUCUUUUACAACGGCCAAAAAUCAGAUGGAAGAGGAGACUUCAUCUCGCUGUCCUUGAGCGAUGGAUUCCUGGAGUUUCGCUACGACCUGGGGAAGGGACCUGCCACCAUAAGGAGUAAGGAACAGAUCCAGCUGAAUGUGUGGAACACUGUCAACCUGGAGCGCUCCAACCGCAAAGGAGAGAUCAUGGUGAACAAGAAGGGUGCUGUCCGAGGAGAGGCACCAAAAUCACGCAAGAACCAACACGUAGAUCUUAACCUGAAAGAGUCUCUUUUUGUUGGUGGAGCUCCCGAUUACAGCCGACUAGCAAGAGCCGCUGCACUUACGGAGGGCUUCAAGGGAACAGUUCAACAGAUCACUCUGAUGGGUACGCCCAUCCUCAAGGAGGAGAAUGCCUUGCGCUCCAGCAGCAUAGCCAUGUUCCAGAGUCACCCCUGUUCCAGGGAGCCCUGUCACAACGGUGGCCGCUGCAAACCUCAGCUGGACACUUACAACUGCGAAUGCCUCAGCGGCUUCUCAGGGCAGCACUGCCAGAACACCAUCCACGAGAAGUCUGCUGGCGAGACAGAGGCCAUCGCCUUUGACGGACGGACGUUCAUCGAGUACCACAACGCUGUUACCAGGAGCCAACUGACCAAUGAGAUCCCAGAUCCCGAGUCUCUGGAGAACCCAUCCGACCAGAGCGAGAAGGCUCUGCUGGUGAACAAAUUUGAACUGAGCAUCCGGACUGACACGACCCAGGGUCUGGUGCUGUGGAGCGGAAAGGGCGUGGAGCGCUCAGACUACAUUGCCCUAGCAAUCGUAGAUGGACAUGUCCAAAUGACCUAUGACCUGGGCUCCAAACCCGUGGUGCUGCGCUCUACUGUGCGUGUUGACACCAACAGCUGGAUACGCAUCAAGGCCAGCAGAGCACUUCGAGAUGGCUCUCUACAGGUUGGCAACGAGGCACCGGUGACAGGGUCAUCACCUCUGGCAUCAACACAGCUGGACACAGAUGGAGCACUCUGGCUGGGUGGUCUGGAGGAGCUGCCGGUUGCCCGCCGGUUGCCCAAGGCCUACAGCACGGGUUUCGUUGGCUGCAUCAAGGACGUGGUGGUGGACGGGGUGGAUCUCCACCUGGUGGAGGACGCCUUAAACAGCCCCAGAAUAUUACACUGUUCCGCCGCCAAAUAACUCCAGCAGAGACAGAAAUAUCGCAAGCAAUGAAAAAGAAAAAGAAACCCUCCCACCCGCACCCUCUAUAGCGCCCAUGUCUCCUGCUGUAAUUAUUUUCUAUUUUUGUAUACUUCUCAUUGCUUUUUAUAUGGAAAGAAAAUGAAUAUGUUGUUUUCAUUUUUGUUUUAUAUAUUUUGCUCUUAUCCGCACCUCCGUUCACAGUAAAAAAUUCCUUUUCUUUCAAGGCCCUUCAUUUUUUUUUUUUCCAAAAAGAAGGCAUCUCUGUGAAAACAACAGAUAUUAAAUCCAUGUCACGUUUGAUGUUUUAAAAGAAUCUUUAAAAAAAAAAAACAGCCCUACCAGUUUUUUGUUUUUUAUUAUUUGUUAUUCUCAUCCAUUACUUGAACACGGUGGACCCUGCUGAUGAUCUCCGGUUACUGCCUUGUCUCGGUGCCAUAUCUGCCGUUCCACAUUCCCCAAGCAUGGCCUAUACAUCUUUGAUAGACACACAUUCCCUCACGAGAGAUGGAUGCUGUAGCCGGUGCGUGCGUUUCUUCGAUGCUGCAGCCAGCUGCCGACUACAGUCAAGAAACUCUGUAUUCAGCCCUGGUAUUCAGUCCACUGUAUUUUCCUAAUGGGACUUUUCAGAAAUCAGUCAAGCUGCUACAGUGAGAAAGUACACAGUCAUAAGCACUCGAUCAACCCCAUCUCACAGCACCCUGAAAAGAGGAAAAAAAGAAAAAAAAACUCUCCACUCGAUCUGAAUCCCAUCCAAGCCUUUAGUUUUGAAAUAUGACUCACUAACACCGCAACCCGAUGUGACGGAGAGAGAGAGAGAGCGCUGCGUUCAACAAUGACUUGCAUAUUAUUAGUCAUAAGUCAAGACAUGAAUCACAGACAUGGAUAGAUGUUAUAAAUAUAGAGUAUAUAAAUAAUACCUGAGACUGUGAAUAUGUAAGAUGGGUUCUCGUUGGAGAAAUUGUGCUUCUCAUGUACUAUUGUGCGUUCUGUUCUACAAUCAGCAGAUGAACUAAUGAUGACCACUAUAAAUGCAUGCACUUCUGCAGUGUUGGUUUGAAAAAUCUGGGGUUUUUUUGUUUGUUUGUUUGAGUCCAAGAAAAAAAAUCUAUUUUGAAUAACUGGGAGUCGGGGGAGGGGGGCGUUUUUUGUUCUUGUUUUAAACUAAUCGAGGUUCCUUUUUCUUCUUUUAUUUUCACUUCUCAGUGAUUUCAGAAAGUACAGGCUUCACAGAUAUCUUUAAAGUCUGGUCAUUCCUCAUUUUUUUUGUUUUUUGUUUUGUUUUUGAUAGAUAUAUAUUUCUGUAUUAUUCUCGGGAGCAGUUAGUUUUUGCAGGGCCUUUAAUGGUGUCUAAGGGAAGAGUUAUUACCAUAUCUGACCUUAAGGAGGUGCUGAAAGCAAAGACUGAAGAAAAGGACAGACAGAAAGGAGGCAAGGGGAGAUCUUAUCACGAGAGCCACUUCUCUUGGGAAUGUCCUGUCAAACAGCAGUCAGUCAACACAAAGAGAAAAAAAUCUUCACAAAAAAAAGAGAAAAAAAAACUCUACCUGAGACUUAAAUUCAUGUUUUUGUAUUUCACCCAGAAACAUUCCUGGAGGAAUCUUUUUUUUUUCUUCUUUCGGCUGUUGAGUGAAAGAAAGAAAGAGAGAGAAAAAGAGAGAGACUGUGACGCUAUUGUGACCCUUUGAAGCCAUAGCAGCCGCAAAAAACUGGGAAAACAUACAUAAUCCUUCAGUACUUGCGAUCUAACCUAGUAACGCAUGGGUUUGUUUAACUAGUGCGAAUCCUGUACAAUUCAGUGAACUGUUGCAACGUGGAGUCGUCUUUGCUGAACCACAAUAAGCUUCGAUGAAUGACUGAAAGACACUUGUUUUGAUAUGAGAACCUUGGCAAUAUUCUGAGACUAAAUCAUGCCUGUUCGUGGUUGAGUAUCAAAUGGUCUUGUACUUUUUUGUUUGUUCGUUUCCUUUUCUCUCUUAGGUUCCUAAUUAUCUUUCCCUCCUUAAAAGUCAUCAAGCAACCUGUUUUUGUACAGCCCUGCAAUUUUUAAGUGUAAAUUUAGCAAAAACGUGUGAUCUGUGGAGGUUUAUGUUUUUAGUACUAUACACUGGAGCCAUGUCUGACUUUUGUCUGUUCACCCACACGAUGCUCUAUA